CACUCUGAAAAUUAUAGUAUAGUAUGAAACAACUUAAACACUUAAGUAAAGCUGAUAAACAGUGUCCUGAUUCCCACACUUUCUGUAAACAAUAACCAUAGUACAGUCCCCUAAUGUACUACAAACCCCGAUUUACUGUCCCCCAUGUACUACAAUAUAACCUACAUCAAUAUAAUAAUCUGCCAAUUGCAUCACUUGAUUUAAUUUAUUGUAUUUAUACUGUUUGACAUUUCAAAUAUAAUAGUAAAAUAAAUUGUGGCUUAGAUAUUUAGGUUGCCCCACGAAAAGAACAGGAUUCUUACAGGAAGAGUCCUACACCAUCUGCAUCAUUUACACCAAUUAUUAUUCAAUUCAAUACAAAAUGCCGCAGAUCCGAUAGACAAAUUGACCCAAUCCACCUAUUAUGUUGCCCAAAUUAGCAGCAAAAACUAUUUAAAUGAUAUAUUAUGUAAAAUAAUUACAGAAAUAUUUGUAGAAUGAAAUUUCUCCUCCUACUUGCCCUCUGUGUGGGAGCCAAUAAUGGAUACAUGCUCUACCUUGAUGCUAAAGCUGAAGAGUGCUUUUACGAGGAACUGAAGCCAAACCAAAAAGCCGGGUUAUCAUUUGAAGUAGCAGAGGGUGGAUUUCUGGAUGUCGAUGUUUCGUUGACAGACCCAUCUGGUUCUGUCAUCUAUGCCGCUAACCAGGAAACAGAGGGAAGGUUCAGAUUCUCAGCGUCUAUGCAGGGCAACUAUGUGUUCUGUUUCAGUAAUGCAAUGUCCACAGUCACACCCAAAGUGCUAAAGUUCAAGAUGAUUGUUGUACAGCCUAGAGAAGCUGAUUCAUCUGAUAUGUCUGAUGAAGACAAGAAAAUUAAAGGUAUGAUAGGAGACCUGAGGAACCAGCUAAGAGAGGUAAAGGAAGAACAGGACUACAUGGAGAUAAGAGACACUGCACACGGAGAGAUCAACAGGAACACGAACCGACGGGUCGUUAUUUGGGCCUGCUUCGAGUUCUCUCUACUCCUCUGUAUGACUAUUGGACAAAUUUACUAUAUUAAGAGAUUCUUUGAAGUAAGAAGGGUAAUUUAAUUUGUAGAUGUAUCAAAUUAAUGAUAUUAUUGUUCUUUAUAAGUUAUAACGUGCUGUGUCUAGUUCAGAAUUUAACACUCAACCUAUACAGUUUGCUUCUCUUUUUUUCAAGUUUUUGUCGAAGGAAUAGAACAGAUGUGUUUAAAACUUAAAUCUACCCUUGUCUAAACUCUUUAUAUUAUAUUUUUGAUGAUUAGAAUUAUGGAAAACACGUUUCCAAAAUAUUUUCAGACUUUCAUUCAAUUUCGAAUCACUCCUAACUUUAUGGUAUACAAAUUGAAAUUUUCUCCUGAUCCAAAUUCCGAAAGGAAAUCAUGAAAUAUUAUAUUGAUUUCUAUAUGAUUUAAAAUAAUCCUUACACGUUUGUGUAAAUGAUGGGUAAAUUAGUAAUUUGGCAUUGUGUUAUGACUUAGCUGUGCAUGAAUUAUUCGAUAAGCAAGAGGGAAUUAUAGAAUUAAGAAAGUGUUUUAAGGUUCACAGUAUUAAAGUAAAGCAUAUUACUAAUUACAGUGUGGUUUUAAACAUAAAAGUUCCGAAGUUAUUUAUUUUAGUUUAUUUUUGAUUGUGUGUUGAAUUCGCAGAUUAAUGUCUAUGUUAUAAAUCUAUGUAAAUACCGUGAUCCUGUUGUAAAGAGUUGAAAAUGGGGGAGUUAGGUCUCACUAGCAUUACAUAAACUUAUUAUUUAUAUUAUAAUUAGUAUCAUGUUUGAAAAUUUCGGGAAUCUUCCAAUUAUUUUCGAGGCGACCAUUAUAUUAUUCUACAUUUUCGACGAGAUUUACUGAAAAAAAAAUAUCGUUCGAAUUCUGGUUACAUAACAUGAAGCAUAAUAUAAUUUGUAAAUGAGUUUAUCAAACCAAUUCGUACCCUUUAUUUUACGUUAAAAAUUGGAAAUAAUAUAAUGCAUGAAUGACAAAAACAAUGACUAUUGUCCUGUCUGUAAAGCUAGUUAAAUUUGAUAUUUGAAUGUGACCGGUAAAUUGAUAGAUAUUGGGUAUAGAACUUCACACAAUCUGAGUUUAAUUUUCCAUACAUUAUAGUUAUUAAUUUACAAAUUUUAAUAACUGA